AUGGGAAAGAAGCGGCGCGGCCACCCCGACGUCGAGGAGAUCCUCGGCCGUCCUUGGUGCUACUACUGCGAGCGUGAUUUUGAGGAUUUGAAGCUCCUCAUUUCUCAUCAAAAGGCAAAGCAUUUCAAGUGCGAUCGAUGUGGUCGCCGACUGAACACAGCUGGAGGUCUUUCCGUCCACUUGAACCAGGUCCACAAAGAAAACCUCUCCCAGGUCGAGAAUGCGCUCCCGAACCGACAAGGCCUCGAGGUUGAAAUCUUCGGCAUGGAGGGCAUCCCGGCCGAAAUUCUCGACCAGCACCGCAACCGCAUCAUUCAGAACUUCUACCAGGCGCAGGAGGACAGGCGGGUCGCGACUGGAAACCCCUUGCCUGGCCAGGACAUGAACAACUCUAGGAAGAAGCUCAAGACCGAGUCGCCAGAGGAGCUCAAGAAGCGGUUGGAGGAGUUCCGGGCACAGCGGAAGAAUGGGGGAUCCAAACCUACGGAUUCUGCCAACCCGCCUGCCGCAAACCCGGCGUCUUUCAACCCCUCUUUCCAGCCUUCCCAACCUCAGUACGACCAACAGCCUGGCUUCCCUGGUCAACCUCCAGCAGCGUCCUACGGCUACUCGGCGACCGCGCUCCCUGCACGACCAUCAGGAAACCUUCCCGCUGCGUCCGGACUCCCUCAGCGACCGACUCAAGGUGGAAGCUGGAACGGUCCCGGUGCGGCGACUGGAGCUGCAUCUGGGGAUGACAUUGACCAGCUGAUACGCAUGGCAGAGGCCGGCAUCAAGCCCCCGCAAAAGACCGAGGCCGGAGACGAUGACAAGAAGGGCAAGAAGGACAAGGACAAGAAGACCCGGAUGAUGUACGACGAUGCGGAAAUCAGCCCCGAGGAGAGAAUGGCCGCGCUGCCCCGGUACGUGUUUGCGCCGGAGAUUGCUGCCUGA